UCCCAUAAAUUAAUAAACCAAAUAUUUUAAUUUUUUUUAAAUUCUAUUUCAAUUCUAUGUACUUUUAAUGAUUUUUCACGUUUUAUAAUAGAAAAGUAAUAAGAAUUUAAUAUUAUAAAAAUGGCAUCAUCGGUGGCUUCGGGAGCCGGUGUCAGCAGUAGCGACUGCGAGGGAGAAGAGCAGGAGGACCCAUCCUCCUCACAAGACUUUGAGGAUGCAAGUGACAAGCUCUCCUCUUUGGAAUUACAGGAUAAUUCCCAGUUCAAAGAUGGUGAAGAUGAGUUAACCAUUUUCCGUCAACAAUGGCAGAGAGAGUUGGAGUGUACCCCGACUCCGACGCGGGAACCAAAGCCUGAACCUGAGGUUGAGGUUGAGCCCCAAACUGAUGAAGAAAAGGCAAAACAACUGUUCCUGAGAGGUGUGGAGAUGGAGCGCGGCGGCAAGUUGUAUGAAGCCAUCCAACAUUACAAGAGGGCCAUGCAGAUUCUACCAGACAUCGAAACUCGACUGUACGAGAGCUCAGAACUGAGAGGCGAUACACCGGAAGUGGAAUUAGAAACAGAAGAGGUGCUGACAGUGGAACAUGCGAAUACUAGCGACGACGAGGACGCCGUGGAGGGCGAGGACCUGAUGUCACGGCUGCAGAGGAUCCUCGCCAGAAAAGGCACAUUUUGCGUGCCAGAAUUCCCUACUAAGGGUGCUCACUUCUCGUGGUUGCCGUACGAGGUGGUGCUGCUGAUCUUGAGAUGGGUGGUGAGCUCGGAGCUGGACGCCAUGUCGCUAGAACAAGCCGCCGCCGUCUGCCGCGGGUUCUACGUCGCGGCCCGGGAGCCCGACAUAUGGCGCACGCUGUGUGUUAAGACAUGGGGUAUUGAGUGCGGCUUGCCCCGCGGCGGCGGCUAUCAAUCCUGGCGAGACAUGUACGUGCAGCGGCCACGCCUGCUGCUCCACGGCUGCUACAUCAGCAAGACUACCUACAUUCGCCACGGGGAGAACUCGUUCCAGGACCAGUUCUACCGGCCGUGGUACCUCAUCGACUACUACCGGUACCUCAGGUUCUUCCCUGAGGGUUUGGUGCUGAUGUGGACCACUGCUGAGGAGCCGGCGGCGUGCGUGGCGCACCUCCGCUACAGGCAGCCGAAGGCCUCGCUCGGGAUCAUGACCGGACAUUACCGGCUUAUUGGUGAUAGGGUGGUGAUUGUGGUAAAAAAGACAAAUGCGGAGAAGAAGCCUGCGCAGGCCACGAACACGCGUUUCCGGCCGCGGCGGAAGGAGCCCCACGAGCAGCUCGAGCAGACCUACCACAUUGAGUUGGAGCUGCGCGACGUGAAGUCGCGGCGUAACUUCCAGCUGUGGUGGCGCGGGUACUCGGUGUGCUCGCCGCGGGAGUGCCGCGACCACUGGACGCACUUCGACCUGAGCACGGGCAAGUUCCCGCCGUUCGCGUUCUCGCGCGUGCGCGGCUACACCACUGAGGCGCAGGCGCCGCUGCUCAACACGCACGCCUACACCUAGGUACUGUCAUCAGCUAAACAGUGUUCAUCGUCAAAUAGUGAUAAUCUACUCAUACCUUUCAAGUAGAAUGUUUACUUCUGUCGAAUAAAAGACAUCUAAUAAUAUAGAAAAUAAGUAACUUGAUGUGAUUACCAGUUUAAAAAUAGUUCAUGAAAUGUCUUGCAAUGUUGAUAUAUAAUAUGUAUCAAUUAUUCUAUACU